UGUUCCUAAGCAGUGUUCCAAGUGAUAGUUAAAAAUGGAUUUAUUAACAAUUAUUCUCACCGUUCUUGCCAGUGGAUUGGCCUACUAUUUUUGCAAGAAGAAAAAUAUUUUUGAUCGUCUUGAUAUUCCCUAUGAUCCACCAAAACCUAUAUUCGGAAGCAUGUUUCCAUGUGUGCUUAAAAAUAUGAACAUUUUCCAACUUGCUCAAAAAUUGUACAACGAUCAUUCUGAAGCUAAAUACUUUGGAAUGUACGAAUUUGGGACACCACUUAUCGUAAUUCGCGAUCCAGAGAUCAUCAAAUCCAUCACAAUAAAAAAUGUUGACUUAUUUUUGGAUCAUCAGGGAUUCACAAACGAAGAAAUUGAUCCGCUUUUUGGAAAAUUCCUCUUUUCAUUGAAAGGCAACAAUUGGAGGGAAAUGAGGAACAUCCUUAGUCCCUUAUUCACUUCUAGCAAAAUGAAGACAAUGUUCAACAUGAUAGUGGAAUCUACAGUAAAUUUUACCGACGCAUUGCUCGAAAAGUCAAAGAAAAAAAAUGAUAUUAUAAACCUCAAAGAUGUUUUUACAAGACUCAGUGCUGAUACCAUGGCAAGUUGUGCUUUUGGAAUUAAAAUUGAUUCAAUGAAUGAUCCGGAAAAUAUAUUCUAUGUCGUUGGUAGAAAAGCAUCAGAUUUUGAAGGUAUCUUGAGCCUCAAAUUUCUCCUCAUCAGGAAUUUAAAGUUUAUAUCUCGACUUUUUGGUGUGACUAUUUUCAGUGACAGUGUAAAUCGAUUUUUCAGUGAUGUGACAUGUUUAAACAUAAGAGCGAGAAAAGAAAAGGGGAUAAUUCGUCAAGAUUUUUUGCAAAUGAUGAUUGAAGCCAAGGACAAGAACAAUCGACAAAUGAGUGAUGAAGAAAUCACAGCUGGUGCUUUUGGUUUCUUGUUUGCAGGAUUGGACACCGUUUCUACAGCAUUGUGCUUUAUUAUUCAUGAAAUAGCUGCUAAUCAAGAUUUCCAAAAAAGGCUUCAAAAGGACAUAGACCUUGUUUUAGAGAAUUGUAAUGGAGAACCAUCAUACAACGAAAUUAAUGAAAUGCCAUACCUAGAAGCUGUGAUUAAAGAAGGUUUAAGACUUUAUCCGCCAGGCGGUUUUGUUGACAGAGUUUGCACAGGCAAAUUUGAACUCCCGCCAGUUUCACCAGGAAAAAAUCCUGUAUGUAUCGAACCUGGAAUGCCGAUUUGGAUUCCUAUUUUUGCUCUACAUCGGGAUCCUAAUUAUUACAAAAACCCAGAAGAAUUUGAUCCUGAGAGAUUUUUAGGCGAUAACAAAAUUAAUAUGAAUUCUGGCACUUUUCUUCCAUUUGGUAUGGGGCCAAGAAUUUGUAUUGGGUACAGAUUUGCGAUUUUGGAAAUCAAAGUUAUGUUAUUCAAUCUACUGACAAGAUGUAAUUUUAAACCUUGUUCUAAAACUCGUAUACCGCUAAAGGUGAAAAAAGACAGUUUAAUUUUGCUGCCGGAAGGAGGAUUUUGGUUAAAGGUGGAGGCGAGAAAGUAGAACUUGUUUAUUGAAAUAUAUUUGUUCAGAUAGCGAAUAAUUUUUAUAAUACUGACAAUUGUUUUCAGGAAAAAAUAAUUUUUAUUAAUCAGUCUAAUUCUUAUAUAUUGGCAAAAAAGGCAAGUGUGUCAUUCUAACCACAUAAAUAGAAAUCGUUUCACGCCAUUCAGGAACUCUUUAAGUGAGUUUUAUAUUCAAUUUCAAUGAAAACAACUUCCUGGUCUUUUAUUAAUAUUAGGAAGUAAGUUUAACAAUUAGAUUUAUUUUAUAAUUAAUCCAUUAAAUUCCUUGAUAUUAGAGAGCUUUUCUUUUAUUUAUAAAAAUCCACGCCAGAAUAAUCCUUCAAAUCUUCUUAUGAAAUAGUCGAAAUCGAGUUUUUCUUUGUAAGCUCUUGGCAUCCUUUAAAAUCGUAACAGAUUAAAAUUCCUGAAAAUCAAUACCAAAUUUUAAGAUUUGGACACUUCCGGUUCGUUGCGGAUACAUGAUAGACGUGUGAGAAGUGCCAGGGUUGGUUAAUUAAGAAGUUAAAAGCAAGACGGAGUGAAGAGAGAUGAUUUGCUCUCGUGGAAGAGACGAUGU